ACAGAUCUCCCACAAACAAAUUUUCGUCGUUUACCUUUUGACCACUGCAGUCUCUCUCUGCAGCCCUUCGUCUACCCAGUCUGUACUCCAGAUGGCGUCGUCUUUGAUUUGCUGAACAUUGUUCCGUGGCUUAAGAAGUACGGGACCAACCCCAGCAAUGGAGAGAAGCUGGACGGGAGGUCCCUGAUCAAGCUGAACUUUGCCAAGAACAGUGAGGGGAAGUACCACUGCCCGGUGCUGUUUACCGUGUUCACCAACAACACCCACAUCGUGGCUGUGAGGACGACCGGCAACGUCUACGCCUAUGAGGCAGUGGAACAGCUAAAUAUCAAAGCCAAGAACUUCCGGGACCUGCUGACUGAUGAGCCCUUCUCCCGGCAGGACAUUAUCACCCUCCAGGACCCCACCAAUUUGGACAAGUUCAAUGUUUCUAACUUCUAUCAUGUGAAGAAUAACAUGAAAAUAAUAGACCCAGAUGAAGAGAAGGCCAAACAGGACCCGUCUUACUAUCUGAAAAAUACAAAUGCCGAGACCCGAGAGACCCUGCAGGAGCUCUACAAGGAGUUCAAAGGGGAUGAGGUUCUGGCAGCCACCAUGAAGGCCCCAGAGAAGAAGAAAGUGGACAAGCUGAACGCUGCCCACUAUUCCACAGGGAAGGUCAGCGCUUCCUUCACCUCCACUGCGAUGGUCCCGGAGACCACACAUGAAGCAGCUGCCAUCGACGAGGAUGUGCUCCGCUACCAGUUUGUGAAGAAGAAGGGCUACGUGCGACUGCACACCAACAAGGGCGACCUGAACCUGGAGCUGCACUGCGACCUGACACCAAAAACCUGCGAAAACUUCAUCAGGCUUUGCAAGAAGCAUUAUUACAACGGCACCAUCUUCCACAGAUCCAUCCGGAACUUUGUGAUCCAAGGGGGUGACCCCACAGGCACAGGCAUGGGCGGGGAGUCGUACUGGGGGAAGCCCUUCAAAGAUGAGUUCCGGCCCAACCUCUCUCACACGGGCCGCGGCAUCCUCAGCAUGGCCAACUCAGGGCCCAACAGCAACAAAUCUCAAUUCUUCAUCACGUUUCGCUCCUGUGCCUACCUGGACAAGAAGCACACCAUCUUUGGACGGGUUGUUGGGGGCUUUGACGUACUGACAGCCAUGGAGAAUGUGGAGAGUGACCCCAAAACUGACCGCCCUAAGGAGGAGAUCCGCAUCGAUGCCACUACAGUGUUCGUGGACCCCUAUGAGGAGGCUGAUGCCCAGAUCGCCCAGGAGCGGAAGACACAGCUCGAGGCAGCCCCGGAGACCAAAGUGAAGAGCAGCCAGCCCGAGGCAGGGAGCCAGGGCCCCCAGACUUUCCGCCAGGGCGUGGGCAAGUACAUCAACCCAGCAGCCACGAAGCGAGCGGCAGAGGAAGAGCCCUCAACCAGCGCCACUGUCCCCAUGUCCAAGAAGAAGCCCAGUCGGGGUUUUGGGGACUUCAGCUCCUGGUAGCAGCAGGUUGGCCACUGUGGAUCUUGGUGGGGUUGCAGGGCUGGGGGCCUGUGUCCACAUCUCCAUUUCCAGUCUUCCUAGCCUGCCCUCUGCUGCCAUCCAAUAAAUGGCUUACCUGCU